AUGGGUUGUCACCAUCUUACACAAAUUCUGCUUACAUUCUCAGCAGCGGCUCUCAUGAUCUCUCUUUCAUCUGCUGUCACUCAGAACAUCUUGUACACCAUUUGUUCUCAAACUCAGAGUGAAGAAAUCUGUGUACGAAUUCUUGAGAGCGAUCCCAAUACAAAGUCUUCGACCCUCCCUCAGCUGUCUCUGAUAUCCAUCAAUCUGACGAGAGAACAAGCCAAUAAGAAUUACAAGAUUUUCAGAGACCUGCAAGCCAACACAACUGCUGGAUCAUUGAGGAGGUCUUACGGCAAGUGUUCGAGAAUUUAUAAGCAGAUGAUCGACAAAAUUAAUGAUGCCUAUCAGUUAUCCCAACUGGGAAGGUACGAGGACAUACAUCAAUUAGGACAGGCGCAAACGCUGGCCUACAACUGCGAGAAUGGACUUCCUUCAAAUUCAACCACAGCUGCAGAUACUGAAUCCAUGAUCUUAACUUGUGAAGCUGCAGCUAGUGUUAACUUGUAUAUUGCAUCUUCUAUUCCUGAAUCUUAA